UUCUUUGUGUGAUGACCGUGUUCUUCUGGACUGAAGUUGGUAAAACAAAAAGCGACAGAUUUCUCUCUUAUACAGCACAAAACGUCUUCAUGGAGGCGGCCAUGAUGUUUGCAGCUUACUGCCGUAAUAACUGUAGUAAAACUGCUCACAAAUAUGUCGGCAAGGUCCUUUUCCGUACGUUAUAAAAUAAAUAGAAAAAUAAAUAGUUAAAUAAAUGAAUAGUUAAACGAUAUUGUUGUUGUUUUUGCUGGUUGCAGCGAACGAUAUCCACCUGUGUUUUCUAUUAAUUAAAGUAAACCCAUCGAAUAGUUACGAUUCACACAGUUCUACACGUGUGCGCGCUUACUUGUGGGUCAAAGCUAUGAGCGCGCGUACGUGAACGCCCCCACCCCCACCAGUUUCCACUACGCCGCGCGCGCGGAUUGAGUCAAGUGAAACUACCGAGAGGUGGUGUUGACCGACCGCUGCAGGGUUUCACCAAGAAAACUCCAAACCGAACUUUUAAAGGAAACUGACAGUAACGUUUCGGAAACGAUUUUUAAAGAAAGGAGCUCCGGUCUUAGACCACCACAGUGUAGUCGCCCAGACAGAGAAGAAAGUAAACGGUGAAGGGAAAGCGGCCGAAGGGAGCCUGAGGAUCAAAGCUAAUGCUAACACAGCCGGCCAGUGGAAGCUCGUGUCAUUUAUCAGUCGUUUGCUUUGAUACAGCUUCAAUGAUUUAAAAGUAUACAGAAGGGUCACGCGUGGUCAGUUAUAUUUUGUAUAUAAUUCAACCCGAAAGCUGACUUGGUUUCAUAUCUAAGGACGCAUGCGACUUUAACUGAGUAGGGAGAUUAGCUACAUUAGCCGGCUGUCUAACUGAGGUUACACCGGGUCUUCGCUCCUCACGACAGGUGAUACUGAUAAAGAUAGUUCGUUGCUAAAGCAACUUAAUACCAGGAGUGUUUGUUACUAAGUUAACACUCGACACAAAGUCCUCUGCUACACAAUGUUGAAACAGCAGCAGCCACCCGGCUCGGCCGGGAGAAAAGCAUCUAACGGAACCUCCGGGCCCGCGGGUAUAUCUUCCCCAGCUAGCGGCUCCAACAGCAACAACAGGACACCGGCCGGAAGGAAUCGACCCUCUGCCAAGCCAUCAUUCCAGUCAUCUCCUGUUUUUGAGGGUGUGUACACCAAUGCCAGAAUGCUUCAUUUCCUCACCGCUGUUGUGGGUUCCACCUGUGACAUCAGGGUAAAAAAUGGCAGUGUAUUUGAAGGCAUUUUCAAGACUCUAAGUUCUCGAUGCGAGUUGGCUGUAGAUGCGGUGCACAAACGCAGUGGCGAGGAAGGCUCUACUGCAGCUCCGCCCCGGAGGGAGGAGAUCACGGACACUAUGAUUUUCAGCCCCUCAGACCUUGUGACGAUGAUCUGCAGAGAUGUCGACCUCAACUAUGCCACCAGAGACACGUUCACCGAUACAGCUAUUAGCUCCAGCCGUGUAAACGGAGAACACAAGGAGAAGGUCCUGCAGAGAUGGGAAGGAGGAGACAGCAAUGGAGAAAGUUUUGAGCUGGAGACUGAUGCGUCCAAUGGCUGGGACGCCAAUGAAAUGUUCCGCUACAAUGAAGUAAAAUAUGGAAUAACGUCCACGUAUGAUUCCAGCCUCUCUAUGUACACUGUCCCUUUGGAAAGAGGCAACUCGGAAAUGUUCCGGCAGAGGGAGGCCCGUGCCGCUCGCCUGGCCAGUGAGAUAGAGUCAAGUCCUCAGCAUCGCCAUCGUGCCAAUUUGGAAAAUGACGAAGGACGAACCGAAGAGGACAAGUUCAGCGCUGUGUUGCGAGAUGGUACCGAUCGAGAAAGGGGCCGUGAAAGUCCCCGUGACCGAGAGCGUGAAAGGGGAAGAGACAGUCCUGGAGCCAACAACAGGGAGGGGAAGUACAUUCCAUUACCUCAGCGUCAAAGAGAAAUGAACAGGGAGCGGGAGCGAGCAGAGAGAGCUGCUGGUGGCCCUCCUUCACACAACCGCCUCAGCGGAGGCUACCGCUCCACUCCUCCGUCUGCCGCCUCCCCCAGACCGUUCUGCAUCUCGCAUGUGACUUUUUGGAAAAAAAUAACGCACUCUCUUGUGUUCAUUUCUGUCUCAGCUAGAACUUCCCCUAAAGCUCAGCGACCUCCACAGUCGAGCAGGACAGCCCGCACCCCAAACUCACACACUCAGCCCACAGCUACUCGCUCCCCUAAAUCUGGCUCCUCCCAGGACACGCCUUAUUUAGACACCUCUUCUGUCAACCUUCCUGUGCAGAGGUCAUCUGGUCCAGCCCCUCUGUUCCCCGUGGAUGUGAACGAGAUCCUCGGUGCAGCUGCUAAAGAACGUUCAGCCGAGAGUCCCAGCAUCGCAGAGGACAGCAAGUGUAGCAAAGCACCCUCAGUUCAGCACAGGUCACAGAUUGAAGCACUGAGAAAAUUUGGCAAGGAAUUCAGGCUCCAGCCGAGCGGCGGCCGGCCCCCCCUCUUGAAUCGUUUUUUUUCCCCUCUCACUGCAGUGAACGAGAUCCUCGGUGCAGCUGCUAAAGAACGUUCAGCCGAGAGUCCCAGCAUCGCAGAGGACAGCAAGUGUAGCAAAGCACCCUCAGUUCAGCACAGGUCACAGAUUGAAGCACUGAGAAAAUUUGGCAAGGAAUUCAGGCUCCAGCCGAGCGGCGGCAGCUCCAGCUCUGCUAGCUCUCCCGCAGCAGCCACCCCUCCAGCCGUCAGUGAGGCCCCGCAGCCCAACUCUGCCAAAUCUUCAUCCUCGGACGCUCACGCCGCUUCCGAAAGUAAAGCUCAGCCGCCGGCGCCCAGCGGUCCGUCACAGCCCCAACCUCAGCCGUCACCCGCCCCUGCUGAGGAGCUCGCCAAGGACAUCGCAGCUUCACCUGGUUCCACAUCAGCUGCCGUCGCAGCGCCUGUGUCAGACAGACAAUCUCCUGCCACCCCGCAGCCAGCCAGAACACCGGGGAGCGAGGAGAUCAGGUCUGAAACAGCGGAGCGGACGGAGGGAGUGCCAGACCAAGUGAAGAAAUCCACCUUAAAUCCCAACGCUAAAGAGUUCAAUCCUAUCAAACCCCAAAUACCUCUGACGAAGCCCAACACUGCUCCCACUCCACCUCGACCAACUCCCCCAAGUCCGGUGGUUCUUCCACAUCCUGGUGGACAGGGAGCCCUGUACACAACCCCCUAUCUUUCCUACGUCUCACAGAUCCACUCAGUGCAGCCGCCACAGAUGUACCAGUACACGAUGUCUGCAGUCAACCAGGGAAAAUAUCCCAGAGGCAAAGGCUCAGUUGUGGCUCCUCGCUCGGACCACGGUAAUUCUGCGGCCCCCUUGUUGCAAACAGCAGCCUCAGCAGCUGGAGCGCCACUCGUCGCAUCUCCUUACGCCCAGUCCUAUCUUCAGUACAACCCACAACAGUACAGCCAGCAGCAGGUCAUCCAGGCCAUGGCGCCCUACCCCGGACAGCAUAUGUACUCCGUGCUACAAGGUGGAGCCAGAAUGAUAAGUCAGGGUGGGGGUCCCCAUCCACAAGCUCUUGGACCCCCAGGAGCCCCCCAGUAUCCCACACAGGGAGACGGACCUCAAGGACCACAGCAGGGUAUCUAUGCUCCUCAGUCCUUCUCCCACCACUCCGGAACAGUGCAUCAGCCCCAGCCCUCCAGCACCCCAACCGGCAACCAGCCCCCUCCCCAGCAUACCGCACCUAGUCCUGGACAGAAUGCCCAGUCAGCUCCGCAGCCACAGUCUUUGUACCACUCGGGUCCCUUGUCAGCACCCACCCCACCCAACAUGCCGCCAGGCCACACCUCUCCACAGGCCUCUUACCCCAUUCAGGGCUACAGUAUCCACAGCCACCAAGGAAUCCCUUCCGCAUACCCCCUCGGGCAGUUAGCUCAGGCCCAUGUGCAAGGAGCCAUGUCAGGUGCCCACCACUCGGGGAGCCACGGUCAGCCCCAGCUAGUCAUGCUGCCGCCGCCACAGCAGGGCCCCGGCUCGGUGCCCCAGCACCCGCAGCAUGGACAGCAAGGAGCACACCAGCACUACUACAUAGGACAUCCGCAAGUGUUUCCCAUGCAGUUUUGCUUGACGACACCAAAAGUCAAUGCAGGUAACACAUCCUGCUUCCUUCCAUCCACCUGGAAACUGAAUCCACCCACAACCCCACCAUCCCCAGCCUUCCCAUGCUGCUUACUGGAAUGAGCCCCGACACCCCCAAAACUCCUAGUCCGAGUCCCUGACGCAGCAAGGCUAACAGGACCGCACAGAGAAAGAGACCUCUUUCUCUCACAGCACCUUAUUAUUCUUCUGUAAUGUUGUUCAUGUGCCCUGGACGAGGAAGGCGCCUGUUUGAUGCUGACGAUUGCCACAGUAGCACCAGGUUCCUGCUGUCAUCCUGCUCUCCUUUUUAAACUCUCCACUUUUUAGACCUGCUGCGACAGGCUGGUGCAUCACAGAGGAGAAGAAAAACAACAGCAGACAUUUCAGUCCUUGAGUGUUAGCCUUGGGGGAUUUAAGGGGGUUUACCAACUAAUGCCAGACUGUCGCAGGAUUCUCUUGAAUCCAACGUGAAAGGGUGGAUUUGAAGAGCAGAUGGGGAUUUUUUUUAAAAAGCAAAUCACAUUUUUUUUUUUUAAACUUGAUCCAGUAGUUACCACCCUUUGCCCUUCUCCUGUAGGUAAAUAAUUAAAAAAGGGGGGGGGGAGUUUGACAAAAAAAUCUUAAAACAACAAUGACCAAAAAAAAAAUAAAAAAAUAAAGUUUUCAACUCAAC